AUGCCUGACAACAUAACAACAAUAACAACCGUAUCAGUAGCAGCAACAACAACUUCAUCGGUUACUGAUAAUCGUAUCGCCGAAUUCUUAUCACGAAGACGUGGAAUAGGAAAGACAUUACCCGUUGGUUGGAAACCAUUGUUACCACCCACAGAUGCGGUACGCCGAAAAAUACUAGAUCAGAUUAUGACACGACGCAAAGAAGAGGAAAGAGAUCGCGCGGAGCGUGCCGCGCGUGCUGAAGAACGUAAAAAUGAGGAAGAGAAACAUGCUUGGUACAAAGAAGAGAUAGGCCAAUGUGAAAAAAAAAUUCAAUGUCUGAAUGCGAGAAAGACUGAAUUAGAUGAAGCAAAAAGUAAAUUAUUCGCGGAACUCAAGGAAGUGGUUGCGAAGUCGAAAGAUCGAACUCAAAACCAAGCUGCCUUUUAUAGUCAAUUAAUUCAGUCGCAAACUCGGAAUAAGAUUUGA